AUGCCAUCAUUAUCUCUUAAAAUCGAUUCAGACUAUGUCACAUUUUCAAAUCGCUUUUCUACCACGAGAAACGACGAACGAAAAUACACCGACGGCGACGCGAAAACGACGAACGAAAAACACCA